CCAGCAGCCACACCGCUCACUGGAACGCUUUCUUCUGCUGCAGCAGCGGGCGGGUCUGCCUCCUGUGCACACCGGAUAUCCAGUCACCACUCACGGCUGAAAGCGGCGAGAGAAGACGGACUCCCUCCUGGGUCGUGUUUCCCUCCCCGUCCCGCCUCUGACUCGGACCUUCGUCGCUGAAAUUCUUGCUAGUUUUUCUGUCCCCGACAGUUUGUGUGGCGCACUCGGGCUGCCUUCGCUGACAUGGUAGACUAUCACGCUGCCAACAACCAGAGCUCGGCCGGCGGGCAGCAGACCUACAUGGAGCAGGAGAACGACUGGGACCGGGACCUGCUGCUGGACCCGGCCUGGGAGAAGCAGCAGCGAAAGACCUUCACUGCCUGGUGCAACUCCCACCUGAGGAAAGCUGGAACGCAGAUUGAAAACAUCGAGGAAGACUUCAGGGAUGGACUCAAACUCAUGCUGCUGCUGGAGGUCAUCUCAGGAGAGCGGUUACCCAAACCUGAGAGGGGCAAGAUGAGGGUGCACAAGAUCAACAAUGUCAACAAAGCUCUGGACUUCAUCGCCAGCAAGGGUGUCAAGCUGGUGUCCAUUGGAGCAGAAGAAAUUGUGGAUGGAAAUUCCAAGAUGACCCUGGGAAUGAUCUGGACCAUCAUCCUCCGCUUCGCCAUCCAGGACAUCUCGGUUGAAGAGACCUCUGCCAAGGAGGGUCUCCUGCUGUGGUGCCAGAGGAAGACCGCCCCCUACAAGAAUGUGAAUGUGCAGAACUUCCACAUCAGCUGGAAAGACGGUCUCGCCUUCAACGCUCUGAUCCACAGACAUAGACCCGAACUCAUUGACUACGACAAGCUCAGAAAGGACGAUCCAGUGACCAACCUAAACAAUGCCUUCGAGGUGGCGGAGAAAUAUCUGGACAUCCCCAAAAUGUUGGACGCAGAAGACAUCGUGGGUACGCUGCGGCCGGACGAGAAGGCCAUAAUGACGUACGUUUCCUGCUUCUAUCACGCCUUCUCUGGCGCGCAGAAGGCUGAAACUGCCGCCAACCGGAUUUGUAAAGUCCUGGCUGUGAACCAGGAGAACGAGCACCUGAUGGAGGACUACGAGAAACUGGCCAGUGAUCUGCUGGAGUGGAUCCGCCGCACCAUCCCCUGGCUGGAGAACAAAACUCCAGAGAAGACCAUGGCUCUGAUGCAGGAGAAGCUGGAGGAGUUCAGAGACUACCGCCGCUGCCACAAGCCGCCCAAGGUCCAGGAGAAGUGUCAGCUGGAGAUCAACUUCAACACCCUGCAGACCAAACUGAGACUCAGCAACAGACCGGCCUUCAUGCCGUCUGAGGGACGGAUGGUGUCUGACAUCAACGGAGCGUGGUACACUCUGGAGGGUGCCGAGAAAGGCUACGAGGAGUGGCUCCUCAACGAGAUCCGUCGCCUGGAGAGACUGGAUCACCUGGCUGAGAAGUUCCGCCAAAAAGCCGCCAUCCACGAGUCCUGGACAAACGGUAAAGAGGCCUUGCUGACCGAAGAUUUCAUGACCGCCUCGCUGUCCGAGAUCAAGGCGUUGCUACGGAAACACGAGGCCUUUGAGAGUGACCUGGCUGCUCACCAGGACAGAGUGGAGCAGAUCGCUGCCAUCGCUCAGGAACUCAAUGAGCUGGAAUAUUUCGACUCUCCCACCGUUAACGCGCGCUGUCAGAAGAUCUGUGACCUGUGGGACGUCCUGGGGUCACUCACCCAGAGCCGCAGGGAGUCACUGGAGAGGACAGAGAGGCUGCUGGAGUCGAUAGAUCUGCUCUACCUGGAGUACGCCAAGAGGGCGGCGCCCUUCAACAACUGGAUGGAGGGAGCGAUGGAAGACCUGCAGGACAUGUUCAUCGUCCACAACAUCGAGGAGAUCCAGCACCUGAUCUCAGCUCACGAGCAGUUCAAGUCCACGCUGGCGGACGCUGACAGGGAACGGGGCGCCAUCGAGGGCAUCCAGAGCGAGGCCCGGAAAAUUGCAGAGAACAACGGCAUCCAGCUGACCCAGACCAACCCGUACACCACCAUCACGCAGCAGAGCAUCGACACCAAGUGGAACAAAGUGCAGGAGCUGGUGCCACAACGUGACAAGGCCCUGCAGGCAGAGCUCAGCAAGCAGAUGUCCAACGACCACCUCAGACGGCAGUUUGCCACUGAGGCCAAUGUUGUGGGCCCCUGGAUCCAAAACAAGAUGGGGGAAAUCGGGCGGAUAUCCAUCGAGAUGAACGGAACUCUGGAGGACCAGCUGGCCCACCUGAGACAGUACGAGCAGAGCAUCAUCGACUACAAGCCCAGAAUCGAAAAGCUGGAGGUCGACCACCAGCUCAUCCAAGAGGCCCUGAUAUUCGACAACGUCUACACCUCCUUCACCAUGGAGCACAUCCGUGUGGGCUGGGAGCAGCUGCUCACCACCAUCGCUAGAACCAUCAACGAGAUCGAGAACCAGAUUCUGACCCGCGACGCCAAAGGAAUCAGUCAGGAGCAGCUCCACGAGUACCGCACGUCCUUCAACCACUUCGACAAGGAUCACAGCGGUGCCCUGCAGGCUGAGGAGUUCAAGGCCUGUUUGAUCAGUCUGGGCUACGAUGUGGAGAACGACAAGCAGAAGCGUUCGGGACAGAUGGUGUCAGAUGAUUUCCGGGCUCUGCUCAUUUCUACAGGAAACAGUCUGGGUGAUGCUGAGUUUGCUCGCAUCAUGGGCAUCGUGGACCCCAACAACAGCGGCGCCGUCACCUUCCAGGCCUUCAUUGACUUCAUGUCUCGGGAAACCACCGACACUGACACGGCAGAUCAAGUCAUCGCCUCCUUCAAGAUCCUGGCAGGGGACAAGAACUUCAUCACUGCCGAUGAGCUGCGACGGGAACUUCCUCCGGAUCAGGCAGAGUACUGCAUCGCUCGCAUGGCCCCGUACCAGGGGCCCGACGGCAUCCCUGGGGCCCUGGACUACAUGUCCUUCUCCACGGCUCUGUAUGGCGAGAGCGACCUGUAGAGGAGUCCAGAGGAAGCUGGCGAGGCGGAGGAAGGGGGGUGUCUGGAAGGGCGUGGGGGUUCGCGCUGUGUGCCGCUGUCGUUGAAUCCUCUUGAAAACAAACAGGCAUAUCCGGGGCGGCCGCGGCCGCUCGCUCACUUCACCCUCUCUGCCUUUUGGGGUCCAACAACACAGUCGGGGGCUCAAGCUAAUCUUCGCCUCUUUUCUUUUUGUUUAUAACCGUCUCCUUGUUGCCGGGCGGGUGGGAUGAUGUCUGUGUAUUAGAUCCUAGUGAGAUAUAUGCUGCGGGGUCGGGCUGUCAAACCGCAUAUUUACCCACAAUGUCCUUUGUCUAACCUCCGUUUCUCUCCGUUUCCUUACUGUUUGUUUGUGUGGGUGGGCGGGGCUCACGCGGGCGGGCGGGGCUAAGCGCUGUACAUACUUAUUUUUCAGUGCAACGGAAAGUCCCCAGUCUUUGAAGGGACCUUUGUUAAAAAAGAGAAAAUAAGGAUAUUCAGUUUCACCGGCGGAAAGGUUUGUUUUCUUUUUUUUUUCUUCCUGCUUCGACUAAAGUAUUGGGCAUAAAUAUGGACAUCAUCCUCCAGCUGGUGACGCAGCAGCUUCAUUAAAAUCGAACGUCAGUUGCCCUCCUCUUCGUGUGUUCAAUUCGCUGGUGUCGCCUUAUCCUACCACUCUUCCUCUCAUCGCUUCUCUGAAAACAUUAAAACAUUCCAUCACGUCAAUUUAAAAAUAAAUAAAAGGUAUUAAAAAAAAUCUAUGCAAUCAUUUGAGUUUCCAUCUUCCCACGAGUGUUUGUGGUCUGAGGCAAGACGAGGAGACCGAAUGCUUGUUUCUUUGUUUUGGAGAAAAUAGCUCUGGAUUUGUGAUUUAUUUCCCCCUUUUUGUACUCUUUAAUAUCAAACCUUAUCUGCUGUACUGGAAACUGCAAGGCCUUCUGAUGAUGAUGAUGAUGAUGAUGAUGAUGAUGAGUGAGUUUCACAAAGCACACAUUAAAGUUUCCUUACAAAAUCUCCACUAUU